AAAUGUCAUCACCACAACUCUCACCGACCGCCGGAAUACCACCGUCUCGGCGGCUGCCCACACAAAAUGGCCACACUAACUCGAAGAAGAAAACCAACCCCAGAAGACCAACAACAAAACCCAGAUCCAACACAUGAUUCAGAAGACGACAAACAAGAAAAGAUAAAAUCUUUAAAAAAAGGCAAGAAAAAAAUCAAGAAAAACUAUUCUUGUAUUGACAACUGUUGCUGGUUUAUAGGAUGUGUGUGUUCAGUAUGGUGGCUGUUGCUGUUUUUAUAUAAUGCCAUGCCUGCCAGUUUUCCGCAGUUUGUGACGGAAGCAAUAUCUGGGCCGUGGCCUGAUCCGCCAGGUGUCAAGUGUUUGAAACAAGGAUUGAAAGCGAAACAUCCAGUUGUGUUUGUUCCUGGGAUCGUCACAGGUGGACUUGAGCUUUGGGAAGGGCAUCAGUGUAUGGAUGGUUUGUUUAGGAAAAGACUUUGGGGUGGUACUUUUGGUGAAGUUUAUAAGAGGCCUUCAUGCUGGGUACAACACAUGUCGCUAGACAACAAAACCGGAAUGGAUCCUCCAGGUAUAAGGGUCAGGCCUGUAAGUGGACUCGUAGCUGCUGACUACUUCGCUCCAGGAUACUUUGUAUGGGCUGUUUUGAUUGCUAACUUGGCUCGUGUUGGAUAUGAAGAGAAAAAUAUGUAUAUGGCAUCAUAUGACUGGAGACUUGCAUUUCAAAAUACAGAAGUAAGAGACCAAACUUUGAGCCGGAUAAAGAGCAAUAUAGAACUCAUGGUCGCUACAAAUGGUGGAAAUAAGGCGGUUAUCAUUCCACAUUCAAUGGGUGUCAUCUACUUUUUGCAUUUUAUGAAAUGGGUGGAAGCACCAGCUCCAAUGGGUGGUGGAGGUGGACCAGAUUGGUGCGCUAAGCACAUCAAAGCAGUGAUGAAUAUUGGUGGACCAUUUUUGGGUGUCCCAAAGGCUGUGGCUGGGCUUUUCUCUGCUGAAGCCAAGGAUAUUGCAUCUGUCAGGGCACUUGCACCAGGUGUGUUGGACUCAGAUAUAUUUCAGAUUCAAACUUUGCAACAUGUUAUGAGAAUGAGUCGCACCUGGGAUUCAACUAUGUCCAUGAUACCAAAAGGUGGGGACACCAUUUGGGGCGGUGUUGACUGGUCACCUGAAGAAGGAUAUUCUCCUAGUAAGAGAAAACAUGGAAAUGACACCCAGAAAGAGUCUACAGGUGAAGUACGUGAAGCAACACAGGCAAAUUAUGGAAGGAUGGUUUCCUUUGGAAAAGAUAUAGCGGAGGCACCAUCUUCAGAGAUAGAGAGGAUAGAAUUCAGGGGUGCUGUCAAGGGUAACAAUGUUGCAAAUCAUACAUGUCGGGACGUGUGGACUGAAUACCAUGACAUGGGAUUUGGUGGUAUCAAGGCUGUUGCUGAGUACAAGGUGUAUACAGCUGGAGACAUCGUGGAUUUGUUCGAGUUUGUUGCCCCAAAAAUGAUGGAACGAGGCAGUGCUCAUUUUUCAUAUGGCAUUGCUGACAAUUUGGACGACCCAAAAUAUGCACAUUACAAAUACUGGUCCAACCCGUUGGAGACAAAGUUACCAAAUGCUCCUGACAUGGAAAUCUAUUCAAUGUACGGAGUUGGGAUUCCAACUGAACGAGCAUAUAUCUAUAAGUUCACUACCGCAGCAGAAUGCUACAUACCCUUUCAGAUUGACACAUCAGCAGAUGAUAAAAAUGAAGAUGGCUGUUUGAAUGAUGGAGUUUAUACAGUUGAGGGUGAUGAAACCGUCCCAGCAUUAAGUGCAGGAUAUAUGUGUGCAAAAGGGUGGCGUGGGAAAACCCGUUUCAAUCCCUCAGGAAUCAAAACGUACAUUAGGGAGUAUGAUCACAACCCUCCAUCUAACUUUCUUGAGGGCCGUGGCACGCAAAGUGGUGCCCACGUCGAUAUAAUGGGUAACUUCCAAUUAAUCGAAGAUGUCAUAAAAGUCGCUGCUGGAGCGACAGGUGAAGAACUGGGAGGUGACCAGGUUUACACAGAAAUAUUCAAGUGGUCUGAGAAAAUCGACCUGAAGUUGUGAAAUCUUGAGGUAGAUUCAAACAAGAUUGUGAUUUGUGAAGAUACAACUUUAAACUUAAAUUGUAAGGGAUUUGAUUAUCCCUUGUGUACAUUAUAUAUUCAGAAAUUUGUUCA